CCUCCUCCCCCUCUCUCCAUCCCUCCCUCCAGCACCGGCUGCUGCUGCUGCUGCCAUCCUCUCUCCCUCCAUCUCUGUCCGGCUCCCACUCACUGCCCGUGCCGCCGCCGGGACAUCAAUGCCCGCACCAUGAUGACAGGCAUCGCCGCUGCCUCCUUCUUCUCCAAUGCCUGCCGCUUCGGGGGCUGCGGGCUUCACUUCACCACCCUGGCCGAGCUCAUCGAGCACAUCGAGGACAACCAUAUCGACACAGAUCCACGCGUCUUGGAGAAGCAAGAACUUCAGCAGCCAACAUAUGUAGCAUUGAGUUACAUCAACAGAUUUAUGACCGAUGCAGCUCGACGUGAACAAGAAACCUUAAAGAAAAAAAUCCAACCCAAGCUCUCCCUGACACUGUCAAGCUCCGUAUCCCGUGGAAAUGUGUCCACACCACCCCGCCAUGGCAGCGGCAGCCUCACCCCUCCAGUCACUCCACCUAUCACUCCAUCCUCCUCAUUCCGCAGCAGCACCCCUACAGGUAGUGAAUAUGACGAGGAAGAAGUAGACUAUGAAGACUCAGACAGUGAUGAAUCUUGGACCACCGAGAGUGCCAUUAGCUCUGAAGCAAUCCUGAGCUCCAUGUGUAUGAAUGGAGGGGAUGAGAAGCCAUUCGCAUGUCCGGUUCCUGGAUGUAAAAAGAGAUAUAAGAAUGUAAAUGGUAUUAAGUACCACGCCAAGAAUGGCCACAGAACACAAAUACGAGUCCGCAAACCUUUCAAAUGCCGCUGUGGGAAGAGUUACAAGACAGCUCAGGGUCUCCGCCACCACACAAUCAAUUUCCAUCCUCCUGUCUCUGCCGAGAUUAUCAGGAAAAUGCAGCAAUAGGAGCUGAAGACGUCUGUGCCAAGAAACUCACCAGCAGAACAGCCACCUUUCUGGUUUUAUUUUAUUAUUUUCAUUUUUUUUCUUUACGUUGCAUUUCAGGGGAAGCAUUCGUGAGGUCCUAUGAUACCUACGUUUCAGUGUAUGCUUUAAUGAAAGAAUUCCAGUUGUUUGGAAUUAUAUCUCUUUUAAAAGUGGCCCUUUUUGUACUUUGCACAUGUCAGUUACCAGAUGCAUUUUCAUUACUUUGAUACAAUACUAAAACAAUAUAAAAGACAUAUGUUCUAUAGGGGAAACGUGUUUCUCUCCCCAAGAUAUAGACGUUAAAUUGGGAAGCGUGUUGUUCUAUUUAGCUGUGACAGUGUUAUGUGAAUGGGAAGAGAGAUCCUGGCACUGAAACCUUUACACCAUUUUACUGCCAAGGGAACUAGGAGGGCAUAAUUGAGAAGUGGGCAUAGAGGUUAUGCUAUAUUGACCUAGUCUUAUCAUAGGAAGUAAAGGUUCAGUGCUCCUUUAUAUGUAAAUAGUAAUUUAAGGGAACAUAUUUAUACCCAGAACCUGUUUAAUUGUAAAUUAAGAUACAGGCUCAUACCCAAUGGUGGUAUGUCAAAUAAUACCCACACCAAUGUGUGUAAUCAUUGGUGGGACUAAAUCUUCCAAUAGGGAAAGAAAAUGAUUCCUCUGUUACCAUGGUAACCUGGAUGAAACAGCACUUGGGGGGGGGUUUAAGCAUCAGGGGUUGAACCAUUGAUGGAACUCGAUCGCACAUGCGCAGACUAUGGCCGCCACCUGAGAUCAGGCGCCUGCAGUCAAUGUUUACCAUCUGUGACCAUCUAUCGAUGGUAAAACUAUUACCAGUGGUGUUAGACCAUCCCUGCGCUGGGGGGCAUUUAUAGAAAUGCUGUUCAGUAACAUAAAGGAAUGGGGAAGAACAAGUGGAAGAUAAGAGUGUACAUGUAGAAUGUGUUUUAUAUGUACGUGUCUAAAUCUUUAGAAUUUAUUUCCCAAAAAUUUUUUUUGUAACAUUUCCAUUCAAAUGUUUGUUCAUUUAUGCAAUUUUCUUUUAUUGACCCCCUGGGAGCCCAGCGUCUGUAUGUGCUAUCUACCUAUUCAGGAACCGGUUUUGUUUUUUAGAACAGGGUGGAGUCAAAGUAGUUUUGUUCAAAUUGAAAUGAAGAAUCAAGGCCCAUAUAGUUAUUUAAGCGACUGACAUGCCUGUGUUAGGGGUAAUCCUCUCAGAGAACAAGUGAGGUCAUUAUGGACCAGUGGUGCGUAGCCUCUGGCUUCAGGCAAAACUGAGGCCCUAGGGUUAUAUUUACUAAAGUGGGGGUUUUUAGAAUUGGAGAUUGGUCCCAUAGCAACCAAUCAGGUUCUACUUAUCAUUUAUCUAGCACCUGCUAGAAGAUAAUAGCUAGAAUCUGAUUGGUUGCUAUGGGCAAUAUCUCCUCUUCUGAAAACAUGCACUUUCGUAAAUAUACUCCCCAGACUCUCUGUGUGCGGGUCACUGGAUUACCAUAUGUGCAAUGCAGCCUUUUUAUUAGCCUCUGUCAGGGACCCAGAACAAUGGCGCACUAUGGACACUUGGGAUAGCAGAACAAUGGCACCCUGACAUCCCAGCCAAUAGUAAAAGGUUGAGCACUAGCACAUAGCAUUGGUAAGAUGCGUAUCAAAGUUUUCUCUGUCAUAAGGGCACUAAGAGAAGACUGAAAAUACACAGCUUCAAUAAUAUCUUCUUUUUAACUUGUAUUCAUUACCUGUUUCAUAGAGGAAGUAUUUACAUCAACUACAGUCUUUGUUAUAUUUAUAAAUUGCCGGGUUACUUAUGUCAUUAUCUACAGAGCAAACCGAGAUUAUACUAUAUAUAUAUAUAUAUCUUGUACUGAACCUGAACAGCUCCAGAUAAUCAUGGGUCAUAUUACAUCUGAUGCCUCUGCCACAUUAACCCUCUCAUGGUUUCCCGAUGGCAGGAAGAUGAUAGGUGCUUAGUAACCAAAUUCCACCACUCUCAGACUCGCUAACCUGCCUUACUUGUUAAAGUAUAUUUGGUAUCAGUAGCAUAGAUAAUGGAACUAUAAAUAAUAUUUAACAUAAUAAAAAUAUUUUCAUACUUAAAUAACAUACGUAUAAAGGUUGUGCUUGCUAUAAGUUUCCUAUUAUCUUGCCUGUCCUAUUUUUGUUACCAUUUAAAGUGCUAAAAUUCUUAUCUGCAACUAUCAAGAAAAUGAAGACCAAACCCUUUACUAGUGUUACAGUCUGCGGCAGGUUUAUGCCACAGUAUGGGGAAGAUAUGGUUAGAAGGCAGCGUUCCCUCAUGGACCACACUGCUACUUAUGAUGUAGAACGUUAAUCACCUUGGAACGAGCAAUGUUAUACAGCUCUGUGCAGUAAGCAGCAUUGCAGGUUUCAGCAACACAGGAACACUAACCAAAGUCAGUGCUAGAUCUUUCAUAAGUCUAUCACCCCAAGAUCUAAUUGUGUAGGCUUUGGGGCUCAUGCGGAGUUGAUCUCAUGUCAGUGUUGCAGACAGAUCUUGCGUUUUGUCCCCCUGCACAUGGUUUGGAGGCCAGCAUACACCACUUGCACCUAAGGGGCAUACCUGAGUGGUAAGGAGGCAAUCUGAGGUAUGUUCUGUGAGGGCAUGUAGAUGGAAUUUUCUCUGUUUUCAGAGGGAUAUCUUGUACAGUGUUAUGAUAAUGACGACAGCUAUGAAGCCACGUGUAUGUAUUAGGAAGGUGCAGUCACAUAGAUGUGCCAGCACAUAAACCAAGACCAGCAUUUUCUCUGUACACACAGGGCUGGUGCAAUUACAUGGCCCCCUUUAUAGCAACACAGCCAGCUAAACACUGUGUACACACGCUGCAAAGGUGUACAGUCCCUUUCACUAUAUCACACCUCAUGCCCUAUGGCAGGUGCUGGACGAUGAGACUUGCCAAGCAUGUAUUUGUGGUAUCGCAUCUUAGGGUGCCCUGCCAGACAAUGGCCAGGUAUGCUGGGACUUGUGGUACAACAACAGCUGGAGAUCCGUAGGCUGGCAUAGUACAUGAAUGAGAAAACUGCACAAUUAGAAUGGAUAAGGCGUCAUGUGACCCCUUUUUGCUAACAUUUACUAUUCUGGCAGCAAAAUGGGGGAAGUUUAUGUAGCAGCAGGAUUGUGCCAUUUCUGGUAGUAGCAGCACAGGAGCAGUAGAAAGGUCUUAUAGAUACAUUUCCAAUUCACUGCUCAUAUGGGGGCUAUAUUACCUCUUUAUAGUACUGCUGAAGUAUGUGUACACACUCUGUACUCGUUUUAUACCCUUUAAAAGUAGGAAUGUAAAGGCCACGUUUAGAGCCGAGUGGCUGUUCCUGCUGGUCACAUGACCGUACUAUGCCACAGAGCAGGAAACCAUUAGCUACAGGUUGUGAUCCACGCUGUGCCACCGAGAAUCAUGUCUUCAGUAGGAAGCAGCAAGAUCUGCUUUAUCCAUGGUGAUUUAAAUAUACAGAUACUCAUAUAAGAUACCACAGCUGUAAUGUUGCUGAUUGACGCUCAGCAGAUCCACAAGGGAAAAGUAAUUUCUAUAUAUCCACUUCUCUGUGCUCUGCCUAUUUUACCCUGUAUAUUACCUCUGCCUUGAGUGCUCCGUGGACUCAUUUUCAGUCAGUAAAAUACACCUUUUAAAGCUCAGAUAACAGUCCCUAAAGCUUCAGACAAAUGGUCGCUUGUCUCAGUUUUCAGCCCCUACCCACAGUUCCUAAAAUCAGGUAAUUUCCUUGUGGCUUCUCUUUGUGUUAUAUCUCUCUGCUUCCUGGACAGCUAGAUAAAGUACAUUUAUUUUUUUUGUAUUUUUUUUUAACUUUAGGCGAUUAAAACAUGCUCUUCCAAUUUCCAGUUAUUCAUCUAAUGUGGUGUUUGGCAAUUAUCUCACGCUCCAUCAUAACAAACAGUAUAUGCUUCACACAGCUACAUGCACGCAGUCCCACAAAUGGUUAUUUCCAUUCUUCCCAGUCAAGUUCAUACAUAUAUUAAUGGAAUAGACCCAGGUUCCCCUCGUGUUGACAUAAACAUGCAAUGCUGCUACAAGUGUUAAUUCCUUGGGGUUUUGUUUUUUUGGCGUUUGACUGAAUUGUGAAUCUCUCCAUCCUAAUAUGGAGACUGAAAAGCACUUUGUAGUUCUCUAUUGCCAACAACGUUGUUUUCUGUAAUGCCAAUAGUUGUGAAUACUGAACAGGAUAUGUGUAAAUAGGCCAAACCCCAUAACUCUUCACACAUUGAAAGGGGACAUAGAAUUAGGAUGAGAAUAUAAAGCGGUUCACCUUUGAUGUUUGUAGUAGAAUAUUUUUUAAUUGUACUUUCCUUUUACUGUAUUAUACUGUUUAUUUCAUUCCAUACAAAGUUACUGUUUAGCCUUAUAGGUCACCUUGGUGGAGGAAAUUUCUGAAAGCUUGGAGAGAUAAAAUACCAACCAAUCCGCUUCUACCAUGUUACAGGCUGUGUUUGAAAACUGUCAGGAGUGGAUUGGUUAUGGAUUUGGUACUUUCUCUUUCCAAGAUUUGAUACAUAUGCCCCACAUGCGGAAAGUGAAGUUAUGUGUGCUGCAAAUAGAUUCGGUGUAAUGUCACCUAUCUUACAUAAUUAAACCUGGUUUGGACAACACACAAGUAACACAUAAAAGAGCAGCAAAGCCAUGCCAAAUUCAGAUUUGGUUACUAUAAGUCACUCAGUAAACACCACUUAUAUGCAGCCGCUGGUAGGCAGAGCACGUUGGGUGUUGCAGUUCAGCUAUGGACGAGGACCUACAUCACCCAUGCUUAAUUGAUAGGAAUAGUAAAUUAACAAUAAUAGUAAGGAGAGGAUAAUCAGAAUAGCGCUUUAGAACUGGCUGAUCUAAGGAUGUGUCUUAGAGAUCAGUACAAGUCUCCCCACAAUAAGUAUUUGCAUCUAUUCUGCAGGCAGAACUGAACACAGAUGCUGCCAGUGUAGUGUAAUAGGAAGGUGACAUUUUGGCAGCAGCCAGAUUACUAGAUGAAAGCAUAUUUCCUUUCUCAACAACAAUAUAUAUAUAUAUAUAUAUAUAUAUAUAUAUAUAUAUAUAUAUAUAUAUAUAUAAUAUAUAUAGUAAAGAUUUUCCAUGCAUUGUACAGUCCCUUAACCUACAUUUUACAGAGAUUAUUCUGCAGGCAGAAUACAAAAAUGGCUGCUGCCAAUGUAGCAUAUGAAACAUUUAAUCAUUUCACAAUUACGUUCACCCAUAUAUGCAUUGUUAGCAUUUAAAAUAUAGUGUAAGGAUACUACCGCUGUGAGUUCCCUAUACAUAGGCUUACCAUACUAUCCCCUUAAACCGGGAUGCUCAUGAUUUACACAGGUUCUGUUGCGGAUUACAACCAGGUGAAAUACAGGCUUGAAGUCAGCCAGCCACGGACCCUGUGUAAUUCAUGAGUGCGCUGCUUGAAAGGGAUAGUAUGGUAAGCCUAACUAUACGCAGGUUUAUAUUUGUGCAUUUGAGGAAAAAUAAAAUUUCUGUUAAGUAAAGGUACAGUGUAACGUAAAAAUAUCUUUUUUUCUGCAAAUAAAGUGUUUAUAUAUGAGAAUUCCCCCCUCCCCAUGCCACAGGGCUAUGUAAUCCUAUCUAGAUGCCAUUUAAACUGAACUAAUGAAAUGCCGCCUCCCCACUCCCAGUGUGUACCUCACAGCUUCUCAAAAUGGUGGCAGUCUCAUCAAUGUCUUAGGACACUAAAAGCUUCUGAUUGCCAACACAUAAAUUACAGUGCAGCCAGUGUUGGUUUGUUAGAUUUACAAGAAGCCAAAGCUGAGAGAACCUAAGUAGCUUCUGAUGAAAGUGCUUUAACUGCUGGUUUUAGGAAUCAUCGUCUCUCUCUGAAAAUCAGUCACUAUGCUGGAACAUAACGGGAACAUUCUGUGUUGCAGUUCACUGGUGUUGGAUUAUCCAGACAUGGGACAGUUCUGUGAGCCCUAUUUGGCUAUUUGCUGCAACGCUGGCAGCUUUGCAAGGAGGGAAAAUAAAAAUCCAGCCGUAUCUUUUUUGGCAUCAUUCUUUAUAUCCCAGGAAGGAUGUUAGCGCAACCGCUAAACAGUUGUAAAAUAAUAUCAUUGUUGCAUGUAAAUUCUUUUCAGCUAUAAAACUGAAAUUCCAGUUUCUAUUUACCUACUGUGUGACAGUAUUAUUAAACAGGUAAGGAUGGGACUAUUUUGUUACAUUGUGUAUAGUGAAUGUAUUGUACUGUGUCUGUGAAAAGUGUGUUUAAAUUAUAUUUUCAUAUGUUUCGUUGGGGACAGAGUACAUUAAGUUUGAAGGUGUCAGGGGUUUUAAUGUUUUCAAACUGAAGGAAACUUAAUGAAUAAAAAAAACUCUUGUCAAAAGCUGCUUAUAAAUGUAAAUCAAAAUAAAAUAAACUGCCUCUGACUGAGAACAAGCACAAA